ACGGAAUUAAGGGGUCAUUUUAUGAUCUUUCCAAUAGGGAGUAAGCCAUGAAGGUGUCUAUAAUUAACUGCUUACAGUUCCUUUUUCUGGUUUUUAUCUCCAGUUCUACACAAGCACAUUCAAAAUCAUCGACAAAAGUGAAUCCAGUACACACAGAGACCAGGACUUGCUUCAGUCGCAGGAGCCCUUGCUUCCUCAAGCGAAUUACCUGCCCAAGGCAGUGCCCAACAUCACACCCGAAAGAUCCUAAAGCUAAAGUUUGCUAUAUAGACUGCUACUCACCAAUAUGCAAGGCUGAAUGCAGAAAUCGCAAGCCAAAUUGCAGUGGCCGGGGAGCAGCAUGCUUGGAUCCUCGCUUCAUUGGUGGAGAUGGAAUAGUUUUUUACUUCCAUGGUAAGAGCAAUGAGCACUUUAGUUUAGUAUCAGAUCCCAAGCUCCAAAUCAAUGCCCGCUUCAUUGGACUCAGACCUUCUGGAAGAAAGCGAGAUUACACGUGGAUACAAGCCCUAGGGAUCUUGUUCGACUCCCACACUCUCUCUCUUGAGGCCACACCAGCUGCAGCAUGGGAUGAAGAAGUUGAGCACUUGAAGUUUUCUUAUGAUGGACAGGAACUAAAUGUACCCACAGGAUACUCAUCAAGCUGGACAUCAGCUAAUGAAGACCUGAAAAUAGAAAGAACAGAAAGCAAAAACAGUGUUAUUGUGACUCUACAAGAAAUCGCAGAGAUAUCAGUCAAUGUGGUUCCAGUUACUAAGAAAGACGACAGGAUACAUAAUUAUCAAAUACCUCCAGAUGACUGUUUUGCUCACUUGGAAGUGCAAUUCCGAUUUUUCGGACUUUCACCAAAAGUUGAAGGUGUGCUCGGAAGGACAUACCAACCAGACUUUAAGAACCCGGUAAAGCCAGGUGUUGCCAUGCCCGUUGUAGGCGGAGAAGACAGAUAUAGAACCUCAACCCUUUUAUCAACAGACUGCAAAUCCUGCCUGUUCUCUCCAAUUGGAGUACUACAUCAGAAUUUUGCUUUUAUGAAGGACUUGGGCAUUGUAGACUGCAUGGGCAGCACAAAGAUUGGACAAGGCAUAGUUUGCAGAAAAUGAAAAUAAGAAUUUUUAUCCAUUAACAGAUUUCAUGCAUGAUAUCUCUCUCUUCUUUGGUACUCUUUCAUUGCUUUCACAAUAUUUUUUUAUCCAUUAGUAGAAUAAGAAGUUUAUGCCGGCUGUAUUUUCAUAUUAGUAGCAACCAAUUUUAGCAUAGAGAUGCUUUUCGCUUGUAUUUGGUUUCAUAAGUCAACAGAAGAAAUAGGAUAGGAAGCAAAUAAAUCAAUGUGAUCUUGAAAGGACAUCAAUAUGCAAGAUAAUAAUAGCUGAUAAUUGCAGAA